AUAAAAAAUUUCCACUUUUAAAGUCAACUCAGUCAAUACACAGUCAACACAAGCACUGCUUAGAAAGAAUCAUACUAAUUUCUGUUUAUUUAUUUUUAUUUUGGUCUCAGCGCUCAGAUAUGUCUGAGUCACAUGAGGAUAUUCUUGCCAGCUUUCAGAGCAUUACGGGAAUCGAUCUUGCAGAGGCAAUUUACCAUUUGGAAGAAUCUAACUGGAAUUUGCUGAACGCUAUUCAUCGAGUACUACCUCAAGAUAAUAUCGAACAAGAAUUUUCUACGUUAAGUGCGUCACACACGAAUAGAAAUGCUGUGGACGAGGGACUCAACAAUCUCGAUGUUGAAUCCAACGUUGAUGAAGUAAUGACCGUACCCUCGUCUCCAGUAUCCACAUUUCGGAACAUUUAUCAUUCAGAAUCAUCUACAUCUUCCAACAACCAUCACACAAUUGGCGAUCAUAGUGAGAGUGGAAGCAGUAGUGGCAUUAGCUCCAGUAGCAGUUCCAAAUCACCAAGGGAAUUAUCGUUCAACAUACACUUAAAGUAUGAGAUUCACAAAAUUAAAAUUCUGGAUACGUCAACGGUUGCUGAUCUCAAAGCGAAAAUUAUGUCUGCGACGUCCAUUCCCAUCUGUAGACAGAUACUAACCGGAUGGAUACCGAAUGAGGCCAAUUGCACCGAGUCAACGAUUCUACGUACAUUGAAUUUGGAUCCGUCAAAUGAAUUGAUAUUGAAAGAUGCCAAUGAUGAAGAUUUUAUGGACGAGGACGGUUUAGAGACUAAUACGCGUGCAAACGAAAUAUUUACGGUGAACAUUACACGGCAACCGGAUGGGGAUAAAUUUUCGCUACAAUUCCCCGGUCGGCAGAAAUUUCUGGAUGUGAAGACGGAUGUUUAUACGCUAACCACCAUUCCCGUUCGACACCAAGUGUGGACGGGCUGGCCGGACAACAUAACCAAUCAAAUGACAUUGGCUCAAUCCGGCAUCGAACCAGUUGUCAAUGUGGUAUUGAGCCGGGCCACCGAAAAUCCAUCCGGUUCACAGCCAUCAUCGGCUACCAGUCGUUCGUCGGAUGUUAUUGAAGUGGACAAUUCGGAUGAAAAUAGUUCGGACGAUAACGAUUUUCAGGAUGCUAACGAUGAUUUCAAUGAAUAUUACACCGACACGUCGGUAGCGGCACGACGUCCAAUCGAAGAUCUGAUAACGGACGAAACAAGUGAUGAAAUUACUGGUUCGGUUCAAUUUGUUGAAAACUACAUUGCAAGGUAUGGCGAUCCACAUCCGGAUUUCUAUCGAGGUAGCCUACAAGACGCAUUAAACGAAGCUUGCUACAAGCCCGCAAGAGAUCGCAAACUACUCGCCAUUUAUUUGCACCACGAUGGCAGCGUACUUAUUCACGUAUUCUGUGAGGUGCUACUCAAAUGCGACAGCAUACAACAAACGUUACUUCACAACUUCAUUCUGUACGGCUGGGACUUAACACACGAGAGCAACAAAAAUAUGUUUCUGUCCGCCCUAUCCGCAUGCAGUAAUCCGACCGCAAUGAUUACAGUUCGUAACAUACCUGUAAAUCAGCUGCCCGCUAUUGUGAUAAUUGGCAAAAGUCGGAGCACAUGCGAAGUACUUUCUGUGAUUCACGGCAACUGUGGCAAGGAUGAAAUGUUCAAUAAGUUACUGGAAACGAUCAACAUGUAUUCGGAUCAGCGUGACAUCGAAGUUCGCGAAGAGGACGAACGAGCCGCACGGGAAGCGGUCAAAUUCGAGCAGGACGUAGCGUACAACGAAAGUCUGGAGGCUGACCGCCGAAAAGAGGAAGCAAAGUUACAGAAGGAGCGCGCUUUGGCUAAUGAAAAGAAGCGUUUGGAAUCGGAACGGCAAGAGAUCGAAGCCGUUCGAGAAGCGAAUCGUUUGGACGCCGAGCGUUGUGUUCCCGUUGAGCCACCAGCUGAUGCAAAAGGAAUAACCAAAAUUCGCGUACGAAAGCCGACUGGUGAAUUUAUUCUGAGACGAUUCACCGUCGACACAAAGCUUAGUAUUCUGUUCAAAUUCAUCGAGUCACAAGGAUUUCCCAUGGACGAGUACAAAGUUAUUUCCAGUUUUCCGCGUCGUGAUCUAACCACCGUUGACGCAGCCGAGACACUGGAACACUACAAGCUAUGUCCGCAAGAGACAGUGAUCUUAGAAUUACGAUGAUGGAUUAUUCUACAGAAAAAAGCCGAUGCUUCAUCUCUAUCAAAACAAACUCUCUUCUGUUGAUUAAAAACACAUUUAAACUUAACUUUUAGUCAUUUGUAUCAACAAGAACAACCACAAAAUUGAAAUUUGUCAAAGUGGAAAUUUGAA